AUGUCCACUCAUGAUGGCAGUGCCCGUCCUCGCCGUGAGCACCACCACCCCAGGCACCUGGAUGACUACGUGGUGACCCAGGCUCAACGACGGCUGCCACAGGACGGCGCACACACCCAGGAUGAUUCUUCCCAUGUGGGAGACAGCAGGCCCCGGGAGCCAUCACACACUCCCCCUGCUGGGCAGACUCCCCUGGACACGUCAGCAGCUAUCCUCCUCGCCCUUCAGCAGAUACGGGAGGACAAUCGGCAGCUGCAGCGGGAUGUGCAGUACCUGUUGCAACAACACUAUGCAUCACCUCCACGCACUCCAGCGAGGGACAUCCAGGUUCCAGCCGUCACGCCUGGAACCCCCCCAGCAGUCUUAUCAUCACCACUGCAGCAUGACAGAACAUACAGCCCUGCUGACUCAACCAGUGGACAUCGCCGCGCCCCGGUGGCAGAGCAGUCGUCACCUCUACCUCGGCCACACAUCGCAGGAGCUGAAGCAGCGACGUCCACACCGCCACACGGAGGAGCUCCCCAUUUGCCAACACCACUGACGGCAGAGCUGACAGAGCACCUGAGGAGCAUGAAUCUGCCACGGGGUCAUUCAUUCACGUCAUCCUCACCCUUUCCUGCCACCCCACAGUACUCAGCGCCAUUCAGCCCACGGCGCCCUUCGUCUGCUCAGAGACAGCGGACGUCAUCACCGGUGUCGGGCGGUCAGAGGGCAGUGGCACCAGAUCAUCACAGGCUGUCACCUGUCCCACAGCGACUGACAUCUCUUCCCCCUCAGGAGCUGACCUACCGCGGGCCCAAGAUGAGAAUCCCAGCGUUCACCGAGGACGACCCACGGCAGUUCAACAGGAUGCAGCUGGCGCUCGACAACGUCCUACCACCCGACGCGACAGAGCGCUUCAAAUAUCAGAUCCUGCUGGACCACCUGAAGCUAGAGGAUGCUGUCCUGGUAGCGGAUGCUUACUGCCACAGCAGCUAUCCCUACAGUGAUACGAUGGCAGCCCUCACGAAGCUCUUUGGGCAGCCCCGCAAACUGGCACUCAGGCAGAUCAACCAGGUCCUGGCUGAGCCCCCUGUCAGGAGCGGUGACCAGAGAGGCUUCAGGAACUUCGCCCUGAAGGUGCAGUCCUUGGUGGGGAUGCUGGAUAAGAUGGAGACCCAGGAACAGCUUGAGCUACGGUGUGGUUCGCAUGUGUCUCGGUUGCUGCCCAAGCUGCCUCACGAGCUGCGUACUGCCUUCAGGCGGUACAUCGACCCAGACCGUGUGCCUGUCCCCACACUCUUGGACUUCACCGCAUGGUUACAGCACGAGGUUGGUGUGCAGCUGGACGAGACCAACGACCCGCCAAAGGCAACAGCGAGCCAGGCAGAGCGGCAGCGGAGCACCAGAGGCAAGCAGCCGGCAGCCACACGCUCCACCACGGUCCUGCUGGUAGACCCCCCAGCCAAGUCAGCUCAGCAGCCAUCAAAGUCAGCUCCACGUACACCCGCCAAGGUGGAGCCUCCAAAGAAGUACUGCCCCUUCUGCAACAGCACGGAGCACUACUUCAACCAGUGCACUGCGUUCAAGACUCCAGCACCGCAAUUGUCUGGCUCCAGCACUGCACAUCGGCGCCCAGAACCCAUUCCCCAACAGUUGCGCUUCCUCUGUGGCCCUUCUGAGGCCGACGAUGAGGAACUUGUGCGUGCCACACAAGAGUGUGAGACACAGCUGCAAACAGCAGCCACCAUGCCUCCUCUAGCAGCCACCAUGCCUCCUCCAACAGCCGUCAUGCCUCCUCCAACAGCCGCCAUGCCUCCUCCAGUAGAAGUUGCUCAGCCACAGCCACCGGUGGAUCUCCCCUUUCACUGGAAGGACCAUCUUCCUCCCUUCCAACAGGAGUGGAUUCACCACACACUGUUCAAGGCGAACCCAAAGACUGGGAAACCGGAGCUGGUGACCCAGCUGAAGCUGUGGUGGCAUCCUCCUCAGCCCACCCUCAUUCACACCCAGCCACCAGCGUCACCUAAUCAAUUCUUCUGUCGCCCCCUGUUCCUGUGGAUGCCUCACAAGAUGUGGAGGUACCCACUAGUCUGCGUGCGUCCAUCAUGCCAAAAGUACAGCCUUACAGCAGCCGGACUGUAUAGGACCGUGCGCAAGGUCCUGGACAUAGACGGGUGGUAUGACCUUGCAACUGAGUACCUGGAGUGCAAGCGGUGCUCCAAGAAAUAUCCUGCGUGGUCUGAGGAUAUCUUGGCCCAGCUGGAUGUUGGCCACCGCAGCCAGUUCCCAGCUCUGCUAACUUACAGGUACUCAUGUGACAACCGGGUGAUAAGGAUGAUGAGGGAGAGGACACUGGGCAACAGUGUUACCCAGCUGUACAAGAAGCUGAACGAGCAGCACAGUGAGGCGUGGAUGCAGCGCUUCCUGCAGUACCUGACAGCUUGCGAGCCGUUUACAAGGUCUGCAAUCAUCUGCCCAGUAUUUGCAGAUCCCCCAGCCUUACCUGCCAUCCCAAAACCGAAGUGGCUGUUGGCCGUGUUUGCCAGAGAUGUCCUUGGGAGGCUGAAUGAAGUGAAGGCCAAAAUUACAAACACCUUUGGCUCUGUCCUCAAGAUGGACUCCACGAAAAAGAUCACCAAAAAGCUGUCUGGUGCCGCUGCAGGUACAGCUGCUUGGUGUACAAACGUGGGAAAUGAGUACGGCCAAGUACUCACUUCAGUCCUGACGGCCUCCGAGGGACAUGCUCUGGAUGGGAUGGCAACAGGCCUAAUGAAGCGGUACAGGGAGGCAGGUGUAGCUCCACCCGACAUUAUGUACGUGGACAGAGACUGCUGCAGUGGGGCAGUGAACAGGAUGUUUGCCGACUGGGAUGAGCUCCAAGUGCGCCUUGACGUGUGGCAUUUCAUGCGCCGCUUUGCUGCAGGUGUCAACACAGAGGCUCAUCCCCUGUAUGGCAUUUUUAUGAUGCGCCUGUCCAAGUGCAUCUUUGAGUGGGAUCCCGAGGAUGUGUCUGCUCUUCGUGAAGCUAAGAAGAGCGAGCUGGCGGCGAAGGGCAUCCUGGACAUCACAGAGGAGGCUCUCAAUGCCCGGAUAUCUCGGAGGGAGUUGGCGCUGCACUGUCGGAGGAGGACCAGGGGCGUGGAGGAGACCUCCAGACUGCUUGAAGCAUUGAUCAGUCUGUUUGACAGCCCAGCUGGGAAGGACACUCUGGGUGUUCCUCUGCUCGACCACGAACGGAUCCAGGGAAUAUGGAAGGAUCAGAAGAAGCACGUGGCCUGCAUCCAGGACCCAGACUUCCCCCUCUACAUUAAAACGGGCACCCUGAAGAAAGGCGACGUGGUGCUCAACUGCUACAGGUGUGCCCGUGGCUCCACCUCCCUGGAGUCUUUCCAUCUUCACCUGACUAGGUUUAUCCCAGGAACCAGUGCCAGCGCCUCGCAUUUCCAGGCGUAUCUUCUGGAAGGACUGAUGCGCUGGAACGAGGACAGAAUGAAGGACUCUGUUCAAGCACCCACUUCCAUGCGCACCUACGGCAGUGUUCUGCAGGAGGCCGUGGAUCGGCUCAGCCAAGCCGUUCUGGGAAAACGUUGGGAUGAGCAGUACCGCAGUCCUGGAGUCUACACAGGUGAAUUGUUGGCCAUGGAGUACCUGUACAGCCAGACUGGCAUAUCACUUACUCCAACGCUCCACAACCAAGAGGAGGAGGACCAGCUGGUGGAGGACAUUGAUGAUGAGGACAUUGAGGACGAAGGCUUUGAGGAGGAGACAGAGGACAUCACAGUUCCUGUGCUGACUGACGAUGACCAUGACAUUGAAAGGAGGCCCUCAACCACAAGGCGUCGGGCACCUUCACCACCACCUCUACCAGAACUGCCGUCCACGUCCACGGGUGGAGGUCAGCGUCCAGUUGCUGCUGCCGCCGUUCCGUCCACGUCGGGUCAAGGACUGCACCCUGCUGCUACUGCUGCUGCCACCACUUCAGGGGCUCAGGUAAGACACUAA